AUGGAGUUCAUCUUCAUCAAUGCUAUCAUUCUCCUCAUUUGUUCAACCAUCUUCCUAGCACCAAUGAACAAUGCAAUAGAUGAUGAGCUUGCUCUUCUUGCCUUCAAAUCAACGAUAACUGUUGAUCCAUCUCAAGCAAUGGCCUCAUGGAACUUUUCUCUUCAUUUCUGUGAGUGGCUAGGAGUGACUUGCAGCCACCGGCAUCCUACCAGAGUCACCGGAAUAAGCCUUGAAGGUUUUGGACUCUCCGGCGAAGUCUUGACGUCAUUAUCGAACCUCACAUUCCUCCAAAGGCUUCAUCUUCCAAACAACAACCUUCAUGGACACAUACCACAAGAGUUGGGUAAUCUCCAACGUCUCAAACAUUUAAAUUUAGGCAGGAACUCUCUUGAAGGCAACAUCCCUGAGACUUUAUCUCAAUGUCUACAACUCCAAAUCUUGCUUUUAAAUGACAACAAGCUCACUGGAAGCAUCCCUGAAGGACUAGGCUCUUUACAAAAGCUUCUUUACAUCAAUUUCGGCAACAACUAUCUCACCGGAAAAAUACCGAAUACUUUAGGCAAUGCCACUUCUCUUGCUAUCCUCUAUUUGUACUCCAAUUCCCUCUCAGAUAGCAUCCCUUAUUCUGUAGGACAACUCCCUUUAGCCUUCCUUAAUCUAACUCACAACAAUCUUGAAGGUUUCAUUCCAUCUUCAUUCCAAAAUCUCACUUCUCUCAUGCACUUUGAUGUGUCUUACAACAACCUCACAGGGGGUAUCCCUGAGUGGUUUGGCAACCUCUCUUCCCUUAAAACUAUAAAUGUCAAAAUGAACAACCUUAAAGGAAGUAUCCCUUAUUCUAUAGGGUACCUUUCUUCACUUUCCACUCUAGCUCUCACAGCAAACACUUUCUCUGGAGCCAUUCCUUCCUCUAUCGGAACUCUUCCAAACCUCUACGCACUUGCUCUGUCCCAUAAUAGUCUUUCAGGCACAAUCCCUUCGUCUCUUUACAACCUUUCAAGUAUCAAUUACUUGGGAGUUGCUGACAAUCUUUUAACAGGAACAAUCCCAUCAGAUAUAGGCAAUACACUUCCUGGACUCAAGACAAUUUAUAUGUACUUCAACCAGUUACACGGUCCGAUACCGAUGUCGCUGGCCAAUGCAACAGGACUUGAAGACAUUGAGCUCACUGGAAACAACUUCACUGGAGUGAUCCCUUCCAAUCUUGGGACCUUGCAAAAUCUAUACUGGUUGACUCUCGAUCGAAACCAGUUUGAAGCUAACAAUGCCGAUGAUUGGACUCAACAGAAAUAA